AUGGCAGACGAGUCCGUCGCACCGCACCGCGCCCUCCUGCUCAUCUUCAAAGACUCUCACCUGGCCAGCGCCACCGAAGCGCUGGGAGCGUCCAUGCGAAGCAUGGGCUGGGAUGUCACUUUGCAGACUCUUGAUAACCAAGACUCCAAACAGGCUCAAAACGAUCUCAAUGCAGGCUACCAGGCUCUCGUCUCGGGUAUCGAGCCGGGCACUGAGCAAGGCUUGGUGGUCUUCUACGGCGGGUAUGGGCUGCAGGUGGCGAGAGGCACGCCAUUUCGGCUGGAAGGACACGAGUCCACCUGGAAGGCUAUGAAGUGGCAUCCCGCCCCGGUUGAAGGACACGCCUGCUCGAACCACACCGUGACGGUCGAUCCCGAGGCCAUGCUGCUGAACCUCUACCGGAGAGUCUCCAACGACGUCCUCUUCAUCCUCAACAGCCCAGGCGAGCUGCAACACAGCGUCUUCGAAGUCUGGAAGUGCCGCGCAAACCCUCAGUCGAGUCGCAACGUGCAAGUCCUCCACCUGCGCGAGAACUGGUCCGGGGAGACGGGCAUGCGGCGCUGCGACAAGGGCGAAGGCCUGCCGUGUAGCCAGAACCCUUUGCAAGUCCCGUCGGGCUUUGUGGACGAGCCCGUGAGGAAGAUUGCGGAGAGCUUGAGCUGGUUGGCGGAUCAUUUGGAUGAGGAUUUGAGCUGGACGUUUUACGACGAUUACAAGGCGAUUUGGAGCAUUGGGAGGCGGGAGCCGGAGGUGUUUCCGGUGCAAGGGCUGCCCAAGGAUCACCUUUUGAUUAAGGGGAUGGAUGAGUUGGUGUUUCGGGGUUGA